CAAGAACCACCGCGGCGGCCAACGCUGCAGUCGGCUGAGGGAGGAAGGCCCAGCGGCCGGGCUGCCAUGGCGGCCUCCUGCGCGGAGAUUUUGCGGAGGGAGUUCCCGGAGCUCGACGGAGAGAUGUUCGAAUACGUGACCGGGGUCCUGCACAGUGGCAGCUCAGAUUUUGAGACGGUGGACGAUCUAUUUGAAGCCGUCGGCGAGCUCUUGCAAGAUGUAUCCCGAGACUCCAAAGAUGACGUGGACAUCCGUGCCAUCUGCCAGCGUAUGUUCAACACCCUUCAUCUGGAGAACGAAAACUCUCCGAGCAGCCGGCAGGUUCUCCUGGAUGCCCCAAUUCAGCUUUCUAAGAUCACUGACAAUUACGAUUCUAACUUGGACUUGUUGCCAGGACUGCUGUUGAAGAGAGAUCAGACUUCGAUUGUGAACGCCAGAAAGCUGGAGAAAGCCGAGGCCCGCCUUAAAGCAAAGCAAUGCAAGAAGCAGGAGCGAGAUUCUGUCAAAUCUGGGAGCCCGUUGGUUCUUGAAGAAGCAUCUGCCAGCCAAGCAGCCAGUAAGAAAGAGAACCGUCUCGAAAUGUCAGGCAAGAACAAGUCCUAUGACGUACGCAUCGAAAACUUCGACGUGUCCUUCGGCGAGCGGGUCCUCCUCACAGGAGCAGACCUGAACCUGGCUUACGGCCGGCGAUACGGCUUGGUAGGUCGGAACGGGUUGGGCAAGACCACGUUGUUGAAGAUGAUCGCCAGCCGUAACCUGCGCAUCCCUUCGCACAUCAGCAUCCUUCACGUGGAGCAAGAAGUGGCCGGGGACGAGACGCCAGCCCUGCAGAGUGUGCUGGAAUGUGACACGGUUCGUGAGGGGCUGCUCAAGGAGGAAAAGGAGCUGACUGCCCGGGUUAACUCCGGAAGGGGAGUAGGCACCGAAGGUGCUCGACUGUCCGAAAUCUACGCCGGUCUAGAAGAGAUUGAGGCAGACAAGGCCCCAGCAAGAGCGUCUGUUAUCCUGGCCGGGUUGGGUUUCAGCGCAAAGAUGCAGCAACAGACAACCAAAGAGUUUUCCGGAGGUUGGAGAAUGAGGCUGGCUUUGGCUCGUGCCCUUUUUGCCCGGCCUGACCUUCUUCUGCUUGAUGAGCCAACCAACAUGCUGGACGUGAAGGCGAUCAUCUGGCUGGAAAACUAUUUGCAGACUUGGCAGUCCACCAUCCUUGUAGUGUCUCACGAUCGGAACUUCUUAAACGCCGUGGCCACCGAUGUCAUCCACCUGCACUCCCAGCGGCUUGACAGCUACCGUGGGGACUUCGAGAACUUUGUCAAGAUCAAAGAGGAACGGCUCAAAAACCAGCAGCGUGAAUACGAGGCACAGCAGCAAUACCGGGAGCAUAUCCAGGUCUUUAUCGAUCGAUUCCGCUACAAUGCAAACAGGGCGUCACAAGUUCAGAGCAAACUGAAACUCUUGGAGAAGCUGCCAAAACUGAAGCCAGUGGACAAAGAAUCUGAGGUGAUAAUGAAGUUCCCAGAUGGCUUUGAGAAGUUUUCUCCUCCCAUCUUACAACUCGAUGAAGUGGAUUUUUACUACGAGCCCAAUAACUACAUCUUCUGCUCCCUCUCUGUCUCUGCUGACCUGGACUCUCGCAUCUGUGUGGUGGGAGAGAACGGAGCUGGCAAGUCUACCAUGCUGAAGAUCCUGAUGGGAGACCUGGCACCGGUGCGAGGGAUUAGACACGCUCACAGAAAUCUUAAAAUCGGCUAUUUCAGCCAACAUCAUGUGGAUCAAUUGGAUUUGGAUAUUAGUGCUACAGAACUACUAGCAAAAAAGUUUCCAGGGAAAUCAGAGGAGGAGUACCGUCAUCAGCUGGGAUGCUACGGAGUCUCCGGAGAAUUGGCCGUCCGCCCUGUUGCCAGCCUAUCUGGGGGCCAAAAGAGCAGAGUGGCUUUUGCCCAGAUGACCAUGCCUUGCCCCAACUUCUAUAUACUGGAUGAACCAACAAACCACCUGGACAUGGAAACCAUAGAAGCUCUAGCAAAAGCACUCAACAAAUUCCGGGGUGGCUUGAUCCUAGUUUCGCACGAUGAACGGUUCAUCCGGCUGGUGUGCAAAGAGCUGUGGGUGUGCGGCAACGGCACCGUUCAGCGUAUCGAGGGCGGCUUCGACGAGUACAGAGACACCUUGCAAGAGCAGUUCCGGAAAGAAGGUUUCCUAUAAAACCGCCAGACUGUGUGCGUGAGCUGAUGGGGAGCGGAACACGCCCUGCAGCAGCCCUCCCGCUCGCCCCAUGGAGUCGCCGGGGGAUUCCACUGCCGUUGGGCGAACGUCGGCUGUGCCAACCGCCAAGCUGACCCCCUCCUUCCCCCGGGAAACCAGCAUCCGCCGGGAAAGAGAAGUGGACGAAAGUAACCCAAGUUGCCAACUCCGCUGCUGGAUCUGUGCCAAGUCUCUGCUGGGCGGGGAUGGAAGGACAGCUGAAGGGAGAGGUGGAGGAGAAGGGGGCGCCCAGGGCUGAUGUAGUGGAAGGAGUUGGGAUGGGGAAGAGACAUCGCUGCUCCGAGCUGUCCUGUCUCUUCUCCCCCUGCCUGUCGGUAGAACUGAACCCACCGCCGAGGAAUGUAAAGAAGGCUUUCGGGGGGGGGGGGUGUCAGAUGCUGCUAAAUGUUGCACGUUGAGUAGCUUCUCCCAGGAAUUGGGCUGGAGCUGCAAACCGUCCUUUGGAAACUGGAUCGUUUCUUGCCUUCUCUCCCUCCCCCCCCCCCCCACCCACCACCCACCACCUUUGGGAAGAGUUGCAGCACCACUCCAAGCACCACUCGAGCAAGCAAGCCAAGUUCCCUUGAAAUGGCUUCUGUUUUUUUUUUUCAUGGCGUAGCCUUAAAUUUCCUCCCCUUUUCCCUCUCCCCCGUCAGAUGGUGAUGCUUUUUGUAUGGGGAUAGGAGCCCGUCUUCGUUUCCAUUCUCAGAUGUGAUCGUAUCACGAGGGAGACACAACACAAUAACAAAAAGUGACACUACUGUAUGCAGGGUAACGCAGCAGCUUUUCCUCUUCUUCCAGAAGGUGGUGGCCUUGGCUGUUCUGGGUUUUAUUUGGGGGGAGGGGGGGCUUAUAUCUAAAAAUUGGUCUCCCGAGUCUCUCAAAGGUCUCAACUCCAUGUAGGGUUAAGAUGUGUCCCAGCUAACGCACCAUGUCUCGAUAAUAAAAUUAAGUGGUUUCACAUUGCAACGUUACACUUUCAAUCCCCUGUUCAUCAGCACUGAGAUUUGCCGUGUAAAUAAAAUGGAUCUCACUGGU